AUGCUAUCUAGGAUAAGAGAGGUAAUAGCUAUUGCGAAUAGUCCUCAAUCGGAUCCAGCCACCCAAAAACAGGCUCUCGAGUACUUGGACGGCAUCAAACAGGAUCCCAAUGCUGUCGAGGUGUUUGCUGCGCUUUUAACAGAAACUGAUUCUGAUGAUCUUCUGAAAUUUGUCUCAUUACAAGCACUGAAUGACAUUGUCGGGAUAAACUCUACAAAUAGUAAUAUCAUAAGUUUUGUCAAGCAAACCGUUUUGGACUUGCUUCGAAAGAAAGUUGAAUCAAAUGUCCAGGACGCAGAAUAUUUAAGAAAUAAAAUAGUGGACCUUCUGACCAAAAUAUUCUACAACACAUACGGUGAAAUUAACGGGAAUCAAUGGGACACUUUUUUCCAGGAUAUAAUCACUCUGUUAAACGUUGAACCGCUGCUUGAAAGUUCAACGCCGGGUGGUUACUCCCCGGUCGGUAUCGAUUAUUUCAACAGAAUUUGUCUUUUUAUCAAUUCGGAGAUAGCAGAUCAAACCUAUGUCAGGUCUAAGGCCACUCAAGUGAAAAAUAACUCUUUGAAAGAUACGAUGAGAAUGCAAGAUAUCAACAGCCUUGCCGUUAUAUGGAUUAACACAUUGAAAAGUGUAAUAUCUACCACCCAGCAUUCCAGUGAACUAUCCGAAAUAGCAAUACUGACAUUAUCAUGCAUUGGAUCGUACAUACUCUGGAUUGAUGUGAACUUAAUAAUCAAUCCGGAGUGCAUAACCAUCAUUUACAAUUUCCUGGAUUUCCCAGGGACCAAAAUCGCAUGUUCCAAAUGUCUCGUCGAAAUAAUAUCAAAGAAGAUGAAACCAGUUGAAAAAUUUGCUCUCCUGGGACUAUUAAACUUGACAGACAAGGUUUAUGCCAGAGAUGACGAUGACAUAGAAAUAACAGAGCAACUAGCAAGAUUGGCGUCAGCGGUGGGUGUUGAACUGUCUGUCAUCGUAGAACACUGUAGCGAUACAAUGGACACCAAUCCGGAAUCCCUUCAAUUGGUAACAAGUGCAGAUGAAAGAAUCUUGACACAAGUAGCACCAUUGGUCCUCAAAUUUAUGGUCCACGAGUAUGACUCCGUGACUCAGCAAUGUUUCACUUUCAUAGCUUGUUACUUAUCUAAUAUGAAAAAACUAUUUGCCGUCGGGGGGAAGCCAGGUUCUGCAGUGGCAUUAGCGUCGAAACAGAAACCGCUGGACUUACAACACACAGAGUUCGUAAACUCAUUACUCCGCGUGAUCUUUAUCAAGAUGAAAAUUGAUGAAUCCACGGAUGCAAAUGAUGAGUCCCAAGACGAAGUCGAUGAAUUCAACGAGACAAUACGGUCAAAACUGAAAACGUUCCAAGAGAGCAUUGCCGUUAUCAAUCCCGCAAUUUACCUUGAAAGCAUAUCCACAGAGAUUUGUACAAGAAUGGGCAGUACUGACUGGAGGGAUUUAGAGUUGGCGAUAUACCAAAUGCAUAAUCUCUGUGAAAGUAUCAGAAACAAUCUCUUUGGUGUACCAAAACAAGAUAUCGCAUCCUCUCAGCCUUCUAUCCUCAUGGUCAAGUUUUUCAACGAGUUAUUAAACCAUAGUACCUUGUUUCAAAUGGAUAAUUCAUACAUCGAGGUGCUAUUUUUUGAGUUAGUUGUGAGACAUCACAAUUUUCUCAACGGUGAAAAGAACGAAUUUACGGUCUUAAACAUUUUUUGUAGCGAAUUCGGUAUGUUCAAUAAAAGAGGAAAGGUUAGAAUGAGGACAUGGUAUCUAUUUUCCAGAUUUUUGAAGAUUACGAAACCUAAGUUUACUGUCAGCGUUCUUACCGAGAUUAUAAGAAAGAUUACCCCACUAUUGGACAUUAAGAUUGACGAAAUUAACUCUGACGGCAUUGAGGAAGACACGGUCUUUAGUAAUCAAAUGUAUCUUUUCGAAGGCAUUGGUAUUUUGAUUGGAGCCAAUGCGGAUGCACAGUAUAGUAUUCUGGAUGAGGUUUUGAUUCCAAUGUUUACCGAUUUGGAGAGAUGUAUUUCAAGCCAGGUUCAGUCCAUUGAGGUGGUACUUCAAUGCCAUCAUAUACUAAUGGCGGUUGGUACUUUAGCAAGGGGUGUUCAGGGUGGUUUGGUACCUGAAAAUCAAGUCAACAAUACUCUAGUGAAUAAAAAACUGAUCCAUCAAUCACUAACUGAGAGGUUUGCAAAUAUUACAGAAGUUGUGUUGGUCACAUUCUCUUACUUCAACAAACACGAGAAUAUAAGAGAUGCUUCCAGAUUCACUUUCUCUAGAUUGAUCCCUAUUUUAAACAAUGAUAUUGUACCAUUCGCAAACAAAUUAAUCGCAUUAUUCCUCGAAUCAGAUUUGAAGAUUCCUGAAAUGAACGACUUUUUGGGUUUCAUCGGACAAAUGGUACAUGUUUUCCAUAAAGAGGAGGGCUGCUUUGAACUGUUUACAAACUUGGUGACACCAUUGGUUGCUAAAGUUCAUCAAAUCAUGGAGUUGAUUGACAAUGAGCAAACCAUUGGCAACGCUAGUAAUGGUCUGGCGACGGUCAACAACCAUGAACACCAGCAUGCGAAGAAUAUCAUAGUAACCGAUGCUUUCAGAGAUAAAAUUCUGCUGAAAAAAGCUUAUUUUGCCUUCCUACAAUCAUUUGUCACUAAUUCUGUUACUUCGCUGUUGUUAAAUCCAAAUAACGGCAACACAUUGUCAAUUAUUUUACUUGACCUUUUGUCAUAUACACCAGGAGAAGUUCAGGAAUCGUCCACAAUGAAGCUUUCUCUAAAUGUCCUGGUAAAUUUCAUUAGGAUAUUUGGUUCUGGUUUGUGUAACGAUGCGAACGAUAUACACGCAAAGGAUAUUCAAAAAAUCGAAGGGCUCAAUGCAUUUUUAAUCAGCAAAGUUGUUCCCUUAGUAUUUGAAAUUCCAUUCAACGCAGAGUACAACUUUAAUGUCAAAGAGGGUUCUUCUAGGGUAAUAGCAUGUGAUUUAUCGAGGUUACUAAGGGAACUAUACCUGCAAAGUGGCGCAGGUUCAGACAUUAAUUCCAACCCGUCUCUCAAGUAUCUCUCUGAGAUAUACCUGCCCCAAAUACAAUUUCCGCCUCAAUUGAACGCAGAAUUGUUGGAAAUGUUGGUGACUUCCGAUCAAAAAUCGUUUGAAAAAUACUAUGUUUCUCUGAUUGACAGAGUAAUGUUCUAA